UGCUCUCUCAGUAACAGAAAGUGGCCGCCUCUCUGCUGCUGCUGCCGACUCAAAGCUCACAGACUCGCUUGGUGCCUCAAACCGCCAUUUUGGAGCCACAGAACCGAGAGUCGGCAGCAGCGACGAGAGGGACCGGAGGGGGGACACGGGGCUGAGACUCUUUCACCUUUGUGAGGUAAUUCAUCUUGGACUCAAGAGGAAUGCCAUUUCUUUCCCAAAAGUAAAGGGUUCUGCCCUGCUGGGCGGAGGAGUAAGUGCUGCAUGGCGUCAGGGCAAGAUGGCCGCCAGGAGGACAGGACGCCGGGGCUCUCUGGCCUGGCCAAGCCUCUCUACCUGCAGCGCUUGGAAAGAUCUCUGAAGUUGGACAGUUUCCUGCGACAAACCGCUUCUAUCUUUAACAGAGACAUAAGCGACGAUAGCGAUGACAGCGACGGCGCUUUGGGGACGGGCCUUUCCCUGGACGCCUCCAACCAACACGCAGCGUUGUCGGUGAAGAGUGAGCCAUGCGAGCAAGAAGAUGCGCUGUCAGACUGCAAACCCCUUAACGGAGUACUGCAAGGCAAAGACCAAAAGGCCGACAAAACGAAUCUCUACAAUUUUUCAAAGUUGAAAAAGAACAGGAAAUGGCUCAAGAACAUCCUCCUGAGUGACGACACCACAGACUCUGACGCAGAGUCCGACGACGCUAACUUCAGUUUGUCUCGGGAGGAGCUCCACGACAUGCUUCGGUUACACCGCUACAAUCGGCAGCAUCAGAGCAAGUUCUACUCCGACCGAGAGCUCUGUCAGUAUCAGUACUACAGCACAGGACUCCUGUCAAGUCACGAUCCUUUCUAUGAGCAGCAGCGCCACCUGGGAACGAAGAAAAAGAAAAUUAAAGAUGAGAAGAAAAUCAAAGCAAAAUUAAAGAAAGUGAAGAAGAAAAAGAAAAGAGGAGAAGAAUUUCUCAGCGAGGAGCGUCCGUACAUCACCAAGGUGUUUGCAAAGUUUUCCCACGAUGCUCCACUGCCCAUGGUGAAGAAAAAGCAUCUCACUGUUGAACAGCUGAACGCACGGCGGCGUAAACUGUGGCUCACCAUCGCUAAAAAGGAGAUCCCUAAGUCUUUCAAGCAGAAGACGUCUGCCAAAAACGUAGUACUCACCAACGCUAAAAAACUGGCCCACCAGUGCAUGCGAGAGGUCCGGCGUGCCGCCAUCCAGGCUCAGAAGAACUGCAAAGAGACGCUGCCCCGCGCGCGGCGCCUCACCAAGGAGAUGAUGCUCUACUGGAAGAAAUAUGACAAAGUGGAAAAAGAGCACAGGAAGAGAGCCGAGAAGGAAGCUCUGGAGCAGCGGAAACUCGACGAAGAGAUGAGAGAGGCUAAACGUCAGCAGCGCAAGCUGAACUUUCUGAUCACUCAGACGGAGCUGUACGCUCACUUCAUGAGCGGCAAGGCCAGCAUGGGAGCACCGGGAGGGGACACGACGCAGGAGGACAUUUUGCGAAAGCUCGAAGACAAUUCGUCACAGAGACAAAUCGAUGUGGGGGGAGGCGUGAUGGUCAAUGUUGGACAGGAGGAUUAUGACAGCGAAUACUACAAAUCGCAGGCCUUGAGGAAUGCUAGAGAAGCUUAUCAGAUUCACCAAGAGAGAACCAGGAUGUUUGACGAAGAGGCCAAAGACAGCCGCAGUGCCUCUCUGCAUGUUGCGGGCAGCAUGUCCUCAGGACUGGCCUCUGGGUUUGGAGAGAGCUACAGUCUGUCAAACCCCUCCAUCCAAGCAGGCGAGGACAUUCCUCAGCCCACCAUUUUCAACGGAAAACUCAAGGGUUAUCAGCUCAAAGGCAUGAACUGGCUGGCCAACCUCUAUGAACAGGGGAUUAAUGGAAUCUUGGCUGAUGAAAUGGGACUUGGGAAGACGGUUCAAAGCAUCGCCCUGCUGGCCCACCUAGCGGAGAGAGACAACAUCUGGGGUCCGUUCCUGAUCAUCUCUCCGGCGUCCACGCUCAACAACUGGCACCAGGAGUUCAGCCGCUUUGUGCCCAAAUUCAAGGUGGGAAUCUGUAAAUGCCGACCGAAUGCGGCAACGGAAACACCCGCAGAAAACAUUCCUCUUUUAAAUCUUUCUCUUUUUUUUCUGUUCCUCUUCUCUGUUUAUGUGUCAAAAAUGUUGAAACUGGUUGAUUUUUUUUGUACUACAAACAUCCAUUAGGGGACAGUAUUGUAA